CCAUGGCUCAGUCCCCUCCCACCUAGUCAGGCUGAGGGCUGGGCAUUGUGGGGUGAGAGCGGACUCUGGCUGAAGAGCCAGCCCUGCCACAGCCAGGCAGAGAGCAGAGCACCCGAGCUGGAGGAGGAGGAGAAGGAGUGGUGGGGGGGCAGAGAGGAAGCCAGGACCAAGGGGCAGUGCCCCCCACCCCACCCUAAGGGACACCAUGCCAGUUGCCACAGCCAAAGUGGCAGCCAGGUUGGCCCAGGGGGUCACGGCGAAAAGAGCGGCGGUGGCACUGCUGGUGGCGGCGUAUGGAGCCAAGAAGUUGUACCCAGUCCUGCGGCGACAGUGGGCUUCCUCUGACCUCCAAGUGAAUGCCAACUCAGCAGGGCACCACAGUGCUGAAGAGCCAGCCUCCAAGUGGGGGGCAGCUGAUGAGGUGGCAGCAUCUCCACCCGGGGUGAACAGGGUGUUUUUCUUCCGCCUGCUGCGCCUGCUGAGGUUGCUGUUCCCUGGGCCACUGUGCCGUGAAACGGGGCUCCUGGCCUUGCACUCGGCCGCCCUAGCCAGCCGCACCUUCCUCUCGGUCUACGUGGCCCAGCUGGACGGGCGCCUGGCCCGCUGCAUCGUCCGCAAGAACCCGCAUGACUUUACGUGGCAGCUUCUUCAGUGGCUGCUCAUAGCCCUGCCUGCCACAUUUGUCAACAGUGCCAUUCGAUACCUAGAAGGGCAGCUGAGCUUGGCCUUCCGCGGACGUUUAGCGGACCAUGCCUAUCGGCUCUACUUUGAGGGCCAGACCUACUACCGCGUCAGCAACAUGGACGGACGCCUGCGCAACCCGGACCAGUCUCUCACGGAAGAUCUGGUGGCCUUCGCCAACUCCGUGGCUCACCUCUACUCGAACCUGACCAAGCCGGUGCUGGAUGUGAUUGUCACUUCCUAUACCCUGCUCAGCUCGGCCAGAUCGAAAGGAGCCGACACAGCCUGGCCCUCGGUCAUUGCCGGCCUGGUGGUCUGCAUCACUGCCAAGGUGCUGCGUGCCUGUUCGCCAAAGUUUGGCCAGCUGGUGGCUGAAGAGGCACGUCGGAAAGGGGAGCUGCGCUACAUGCAUUCCCGGGUGGUCGCCAACUCGGAAGAGAUUGCUUUCUAUGGGGGCCAUAAGGUGGAGUUGUCCCUUUUGCGGCGCUCUUAUCGUGAGCUGGCCUCCCAGAUCAAUGUGCUGCUCCUGGAAAGGCUCUGGUAUGUCAUGCUGGAGCAGUUCCUCAUGAAGUACGUGUGGAGCGCCGCCGGGCUGGUCAUGGUAGCUGUGCCAAUCAUCACCGCCACUGGCUACUCUGAGACAGACCCUGAGGCAGUGAAGCAAGCUGCGCUGGACAUGGAGGAGAAUGAGCUGGUGAGCCUGAGAACCGAAGCCUUCACCACAGCACGGAGUCUACUGAAUGCAGCAGCUGAUGCCACAGAGAGAGUCAUCUCUUCUUACAAAGAGGUGACUGAGCUGGCCGGGUACACUGCUCGCGUACAUGAGAUGUUCCAAGUGUUUGAAGAGGUGAAAGCCUGCAACUUCCGGCGCCCUGGAGAACUUGAGGAGGGUCAGGCUCAUGCUGGGAGAGUGAUGAAGCAUGGCGUACGGGUAGAAGGGCCGCUCAAGAUCCAAGGACGUGUGGUUGAUGUUGACAAUGGAAUUGUCUGUGAAAACAUCCCCAUCAUCACCCCCACUGGAGACGUCGUGGUCACCAGCCUCAAUAUUCGGGUGGACGAGGGCAUGCACCUGCUGAUCACUGGCCCAAAUGGCUGCGGGAAGAGCUCACUGUUCCGGAUCCUGGGGGGACUCUGGCCGACCUAUGAAGGCACCCUCUACAAGCCACCCCCACAUCGUAUGUUCUACAUUCCACAGAGGCCGUACAUGUCCGUGGGAACCCUACGAGACCAGGUGAUCUACCCAGACACUGCAGAGGACAUGGCACGGAAAGGGAAGACGGACGCUGACUUGGAGCGGAUCCUGGGCAUUGUCAACUUGAACUACAUUGUGCAGCGUGAGGGAGCCUGGGAAGCAGUCAGCGACUGGAAGGAUGUGCUCUCUGGUGGCGAGAAGCAGCGCAUGGGGAUGGCCCGCAUGUUCUACCACAGGCCAAAGUACGCUCUCCUGGAUGAAUGCACCAGUGCUGUCAGCAUUGAUGUAGAAGGCAAGAUCUUUCAGGCUGCAAAGGAUGCUGGGAUAGCAUUGCUCUCGAUCACCCACCGACCUUCACUCUGGAAGUACCACACCCACCUCCUGCAGUUUGACGGGGAGGGGGGCUGGCGUUUUGAGAAGCUGGACCCCGCAGCCCGUCUCUCCCUGCGAGAGGAGAAGCAGCGCCUGCAGCAGCAGCUGGCCGGAGUCCCCAAAAUGCAGCAGCGUCUCAGUGAACUUUGCCAAAUCUUGGGUGAAGAUACAGCCUCUCCAGUGGGACACAUCCGAGAGAGCCAGGCACCCUGAAGCACCCCCUCACCGUUCCUGCCCCGGCCCACGCGGCUGAGUACUCAGUAAGAGGAUCCCGGCUGCUUUCCUUUCCUCCUGGGAGCUGCAGAAGAAGGCCGGCUGUUGCCCUGGCUGCUGAAGGAAGAGUCACGUUUUCUCUGCUGGGGCAUCGCUUAUUUCUGGCACCUGUUGACCGUGCCCUUCGCCACCUUCUCUCACUAGCCUGCCUCGUUCUAGGACUGGAGGGAGGGAAUGGGUCACCCCGUCCUGACAAGUGACUCCGAAGUUUUCUCUCUCACACACACACACACCUCACACACACAGUGCCUGAAUAUCCCAAGAUAGUAACGCCAAAGCGUGGGUUUUGUUGCCCCACUGCCAUUCUCUGCCCUCUGCAUCUGUGGGUGUUUUGGAGUGAGCUUCCAGCAUCAGCCACACCUCAGAGGCCUGGGAGGUUCAGCGGGACCGCUCUCCGCCUUUGUCCACACAAAACAGCCGCACAACAUUUGAUACGAAUCCAAGCCAUGAAUGUAGCUCUUGCACCUUUCUCCCUGGUGGCCUCCUUUUUGCCACAACUGGGCUGUAGAAGCUGGUUGCAUAGGGCAGCACCAAACCCCCCUCCCCUCCAGCCUUCGCCCCCUGAGCUCCACUUGAGGAAGGCCUGCCUCCUUACCUGGACACCAGGUGGGUGACAUGGCAGCCAAGGGAGCAAGUCAGGAAAUCCGUGUUGCUCUAGAUCAGUAAUUUUCAACAGUUCUUUCUGAAACCUUGCUGUUCUUCAGAACUUACAGAGAGCUUCCCCAGUGAGAAGAUGGGUAAGUUAUGCAGGGCAAGCGGUCAAAAAACCUCAUCACGACCUCUUUGACUGACCUUCCACAACUGUUUCAGAAUGUGGGGUUGGUUCAUUCUUCUGGGGCAACAGUUUAGGUCUGCCUCAUGCCCUUACAAACGGAGUGUGUGGCCUAAGAUGCCUCUCACACUGCAGGGAUCCCAGACACAAAUUGGGUCCUCAGCAGAUAAGCCAAUAUGGAGUCCCCUGAGGUGGGAAGCCUUGAAAGCCACAGUCCUGGGCUGUCUCGGGACCCCCUUAUGCAACUCUGUAGAACAUAAAGCCCUUCCUGAGGCUUUGUCCUUGUGGCUUCUAAUACUUUAGUCCCUUAAUUUUGAGGGACUGGUCUACCCUGUGAAGGCCAGCAGAAGGCCCUGUGCCAUUUGCUUAGGGCACUUUCUAUGGGGACUUGCUGAGACUUGCUUUCCAUACAGCUGUCCUUCAGGACUUGUUCUCCUUGAAAUAGCAGGAAUUCUCCUGGGGUCAUUUCCCCCCGUUUUCUAAAGCAGGGUGGAGGUGGAGGUAGAGAAAGAGAAAGAGAUGUUUUCGUAUACAGACAACAAGGCCUCAGCCAGUGAAGCUGCAUUAGUUCAACUGCACAGCAUAUAUCCACAUUAGGAGGAGUGCAGCAAUUUGGGUCUUGCCAUGUGCGUGAUGCGAUGGAGAGAGGGAGCAUGUGGCAAAGGAACUAGGAUUGCUGGUUGUCCCCUAUUUCACUUAUGCCAGUGUUAGUCUGCACAGAUGUGUCUAUUCUUAAAAACUGAGCCGCCUUUUAAUUAGUCAUGAAGGUGAUUGCUGCUGUUGUUGUUACUGUUGUUGUUGUUGUUGUUGUUGUUAGAAGACUCACUGCCAGUUGUGUUUUCCACGUGAAAUAACAGACCAGCAAGCUAUUAAUGAUGUGUGCUCCCAUGUCCUUUAAAUGCACAUUUAGCUACAGCCAUCACACAGUUAAUUGUUUUAAAUAUUUCAUCCAUUGGCUUUGAUGGUGGGACAUCAGGGUUUGCCUCAUGUACUAGGUUCUCUCCCCUCUGCCCUUUUGCACGGGUAUUUCCUCCUCUCCCCGCUUGCCUCCCUUUCCCAAUCCUGCUGCUUCCAAGCACACCUCAUCUUCCUAAGAAAGCGAAGAAGAUGCAUGGUUGCUUAGAGGAAAUGAACCCUCGGCUCUCCCUUCGUGAAACAUCUUGCGCUGGCCUGCAGUCAUGCGGCCUACCAUGCUUGGCCCUUGGACUUAACUGGCGGCAGCAGAGUCUGGCAAACCACCCACUGUGUUAACUUUCCCACAGUGCUCCAGAGUGCCUGACUUAGCAGCACUUUGCAUGGUAUGCAGCAACUCAGGCCCAGCGGCUGCUGACACAUAAGGCCUUAGCCAGAGGGGAGGGGGCUCUUCCGAGGGGGGAUCAGAGCUGUAACCCGCAUUGGCUACAUAUCUGUUCUUGCAAAAAACAGAGCAGGAGGCUUUAUAUGACAAUGAGGCUGGUAGGCUGCAUUAAGCUGGGUGGCAGCUCUGUGCCCAGGGACACCUGGCAACUGACCCUCUGGCACCCCACGCCCCAUAGGACUGGCACCUGGAACCCUGCUUGUCCUAUGGGGGAGCCAUCCCGGAUUGGAAUAGACACAUUGCUCUCAAAUGGCAUGUUGCUUCUGGAGGAGUAAAACCACAGCUUGGCAGCCCACAACCUGCAGGAUUCAUACAACCCUCCUGAGGCUCCCUGUGCCCCAUGAAAUCACCACUUCCAAAUUUUGACGUCAUUAUGAAGGGAGGAUCAUCUUGAGAUGCUAACAAGGGAAGCAAGUUCAUACAGUGUUUUGCAGGCUCUGCUGCCUAGUCCAGCCAUGUUCACAGAGAGGCCACCUCAGUCAGAGUGUGCUCACAUCUUCAGAGAACCAGAUAAAUUCUUAACAUAAUUUCAGUCAACUAGUACAAUGAGUUUUCCUUUCCUCAAGGGCAAUUGCUGACAUUUUACAAAGCACAAGGCCCGUGUCGCCAGCCAAUUUGGGCACUGGGGAGGUCAUUUCAUGCCCCACACAUCACCACCAUACCCAGCGUCUUUUAAGUGCCACACUGGGGUUCUUAUUUAAUUUUUUUUUUAAUCUGUAUUCUGCUUUUUUACAAAAGUAAAUUCCAAGUUGCUUACAACAAUCAAAUAUACAAACCAGAAAACCAAGUCCACAAAAAUGCAUCAAACCCCAUAAAAUACCAGCAUCACAAAAACAAAUGGAUCUGCACCUGUUAAGGAAAGAGAUGGUAACAACCUGACAGAGUAAAACUGCACUCCUUUAGUUUGCUGGCAGUCAUCUCCUUAAAUAUAUUAACACAUAUAUGCUUUCCUGUGAAAUUUUUUUAAGCAAACAGCAGAGCAAAGAGAAAGCUGAAAGAAACUUGCUCCAUGUUGUGUUAGUUUUAUACUUGCUGGGAGCUUGUGUACGUGUGACCAUCCAAAGAGAGUGCCCCCACCAGAAGUUAGAAGUAGUACAGCCCACUCUGCCACAUUCUUCUGCAUGUGUGUAUGUUGCCAUUGCUUUCUCCUGUAUCUGCUUCUGAUUUGCUCUCUAUGUUUGCAAGUCUCGUCAUUGCUGCAGCUUCCUGCAAGCCUUGAAAAGAGAGCCUGGAAGUUCAGGGCUGUUGUGUUUUCUCUCGCUCUCGCUCUCAUGAGCAGCUCCUUGUAUCGGCCGCCAUUGCCUAGGGGAGCAGCAGCAACACAGGUUCUUCUUUCGUUCCUGAUCACAGACCUGCCUGGCUUAGCUAUUCCAGCCAAAUUUUAAGGCAAGCCAUUUGCAAGUGUGUGCAUAGCAACACCACAAUCCCAUUGGAGGGAAAAUAAAAUCUCUGCAUUGUUCAUUCUGGAACAGCUCUGAAACCCUAUAAAUACAUGCGAAGAGAUGGGACUUCCCAAUUGCUGAUUUAUUUAAUUGUAGUAUGCCUGUGUGUUUUGUAAGAUGUUUGUAAAACUUAUUUCUGAAUUGUCUUCGGACCAUCUUUUUAUUUUUAGCCUGCCAUCCACUUCAUGCCCUUCCCAGUAUGAAAGCCCCACAAGUAAACAAUGUGAUACUAUUGCCUGGCAAGGGGGGGGGAGCCAGAGUUUGUGCCAUGGAGGGCUGAGCAUGUGUCAAAAUUCUCAGUGGAAUGAGGCUGUUCCCAUCUGCUGGCUCUGAUGUCAGAAUUUUACAAAACUAUGCAACAAAGACUUUCUUUCUCUGCUGUUAUGUACGUGCAAAACUGCCAUCCCACUCCCCCUUUCUCCUACCCUCACAGUGCCUUUUAUGCUGGCAGAAGCCAGGUUUAUUCAGAUGCUGAUAAUAAAAAUAUUAUAGAUCACAAACA